UUUUAAUACCAUUACUACAACAGUAACUAGAUUUUGGAGAUUAGAGAAUAGAAACGAAUUGACCAAACUGUUGUUUAAGUUGACAGCGUGUUAUUAAAACCCACUCGAAAUUGACUCUUAUGAUGCCUUUGUUCAUACAGUAGUGAUAUACGUUAGCGAUUUAAAUUUUAGAUAGGCUAGUAAAUUAUAAGGCUUGAAGGUUAAGAUCACGAUGAAAAAGCCCCAAUAUAUCAUCGCUGUGCUUAUCUUGCUAGCAUCAGUGCCUUCCGAACAAGCAGCAGUUAAAUCGAGGGUUACACGCAGCAAUGGAUAUGCAUACGGAUCGUAUUCCUCUAGCCUCUAUUCUUUGCAUAGGCCUUCCUACGGUGUAUAUAGCCAACGCAAUUCAGCAAGAUCAAGCAUUCAUACUCCUCGGGGUGCAGAGAGAAACGUAUACAGCGGGAGAUUUUGUUCCUACCCCUCAGUAAAACUUGUUCCCCAAAGAUUUAAGAAUGGGACGCAGACCUACCUCAAACGCGUGGUGUCCCAGUGCCCGUGGUCAUCACUAUAUUGUAAUCCUAAAGUCAGUUACGUUGUAGCAAGCAGAUAUACUUACUCUGUCCGUCUGCAAAGUGUAACAACUGACGAGUGGAAAUGCUGUCCUGGUUUCUCUGGCGAUAACUGUGAAAACGCAUGCUACAACUGCAGCAGCUUGAGCAACUUGCAGGAGCAAAUCGAUCUCCUAUCACAACAGAUAUCUGGUAAUUCAGAAGCUGGAAAUUCCCAAACUUCUGGUGGCGUCGUAUCACGUGGUCCAGAAGGACCUGCAGGCCCUCGUGGACCACCCGGGCGUGUUGGACCCCCUGGUGCUUCAGGCACUCCUGGUCGCAAAGGUGAACAAGGACUGCCCGGGCGUAAUGGAGCAGAUGGUCGACAGGGUCGUCGUGGAGCGAAGGGGGCGUCAGGAGCGGAAGGACCACAAGGAGAAAUUGGUUUACCAGGUGCUCCGGGACCGCGCGGGGAAACGGGCGAUGCCGGGACGAAGGGAGAAAGAGGCAACACUGGAGAAAAGGGUGCGGCUGGUGAAACAGGAAACACUGGUCCACAAGGCAUACAGGGUCCGGCAGGAAUUAGUGGAACACCGGGCAUUUCGGGAGCAGUUGGGCCACAAGGGCCACCAGGCCCACCAGGAGUGUGCACGUGUGGGCCGAACAAUAUAAUAACCCAACCCCCUCCAACUGAACCAAAAGAGUUGACGGCAAAUCUUCAAUCUGGAAAAUCAACUGCAAGCUGGACUGGCCCUUUGUUGGUUGAUUUUUGUGCAAGUCAACUUUGGAGGAGACGAGUUACUGAAUUGAGCUGUGAUUUUGAUAAAGAGAACACGCUUUCACUUCCUGGAAGAAGAUUCAGGAGGGGAGAAGGGUUGGAGGGAGGAAAUGGUCCUGGGAGAAAAGGUGGCACGUUUUGUUUGUUUGAAUCCUCUCCUCGGCCUCCGGGGGGAGAAUGGACGCUUGAAAAUGCGAUGGACUUCUUACGAGAAGAUUACUGGAGUACAACAUCUCCAGAAGACUCUGCUGAUAUACCUCAGGAAAAUGAGGGACCUAUUCUACCUCAAGCACCAGUCAAUGGUGAAAGUUUACCAGACGAUUUUUUUCUCAUAUACCGAAGACCUACCUCUCACAACCCAAGAAAUCAUCAGGCAAAUAUAGCUCAGCUUGCAAGUCCAUUUUUCUCAAACGAUCUUCAUGGGAUUUGUAUGACUUUCCGGUAUCUUGUGCGUGGACACAGUCUAUCAGAUGCUGGACUGUUGGUCUACCUUCUGCCCUGCAAUUCUGCUUAUAAAUUCCCAGUUCUUAACCUCACUGCAACACCAAACAACCUCACCAAUGUAUGGCUUCGAGCUGUCGUCCCACUACCAGAUUAUAAGAGGCCAUACCGGGUGAUCCUGGAGGCAAGACCGGGCUCUGGUGGUCUGGAGUUACUUGCUGUGGAUGACGUGAUAUUUUCCGAGUGCGGUUCAAACUCUUGUAUGUACCAAGGGCAGCAAAGAUCCAACAACGAGCUAUGGAAGUCUGAAGAUUGUCAAGAAUGUUUAUGCCAAGAUGGAGUUGUCACUUGCUUUGAAAUUCUUUGCCCAACAAUCGCAUGUCGUUUUACGUACAAACCAGUCGGGUAUUGUUGUAAAGUUUGUUGCCCAAACCAAGAAGUUGAUUUUGUUACCGAAAGCAGUGGAGAUAUUUACACCGAUGGUUCUGAUGAUAAUACAGAAUACAACACAAGUGAAAUAGAUGAAAAUGAGCUUUAUUCAACUUACCCAACAUAUGAGACAGAUACUCCAGCACCAACCACCGAGAUGAGAAUGGAUAUUCUUGGAUGUCCCAUCGCUCCACAACCAAGGACAAGCACAAAUAUUGAUGCUGUUUGCAAACUACGAAAAGACACAGGACCAUGCAGGGGAAGAUUUACUAAGUUUUACUUCGAUAAAAGAACGAGAAGUUGCCGUCAGUUUACGUACGGAGGUUGCGAAGGAAAUGCAAACAAUUUCGAUUCUCCAGACGAUUGUAGAAGAUUGUGUGUUGACGCUGCAAAUCCAAAUCGUUCUCCACCAAGAAAUGGAAAUUCGAAUCUACCUAGUCGUUGUUACCACCCGGUAAUGGCUGGCGAUUGCAGGGGUUCAAAUCCCCGAUUUUACUACGAUUCGGGCACCGGUAUGUGCCACCUAUUUACAUACGGCGGAUGCGGGGGGAACGAAAACCGCUUUUUCGACCCCACUGAAUGCAAACGAGUUUGUGGGGGUAAACCUGUAUACCCAGGUUUAGGUACUAAAGCCCCGCCCCCAGAAAGUUUGGUAUCCAUAGAUGAUGAUAUUCGGCCACGACAAGCAGGAAGAUGCAGAGAAGAGAAAUUAGUUGGACCUUGCAAGGCAAGAAUGCCUCGGUUUUACUUUGAUACCAACGCUGGUCGGUGCCGACUUUUUACUUAUGGGGGUUGCAGGGGAAACGAAAAUCGUUUCUUGACACCGUGGGCAUGUAGGGAUACAUGUGGCGGCGCAGAACCUGUUUAUACUGAAGAGGCCUCAGAUCCUACUACAGCCUGUCACUUGCCAAAAGUAAGAGGCCCAUGCAAAGGCAGCAUACCUCGCUUCUACUACAACCCAACUACAAACAGAUGCCAAAUAUUUGUGUACGGCGGGUGUGCUGGAAAUGAUAACAAUUUCGAAACACCAAGACAAUGCCAAGCACUUUGUGGAGGGGAUGUCAGUUUUGAAUAUGAAAGAAACACAGGAGAAACUGCUCGAACAAGAUCUAAUACACUUACUUCAUCAGAACCACCAAUGGUUCCUGCUGAGUUUUGCGCAACUCCCAUGGAAGAAGGGCCAUGCCGGGCGUCACUUUAUCGUUACUACUUCAACAGCGAGACUCAACUGUGCUCUGUGUUUGUGUACGGUGGUUGUCGUGGUAACCAGAACAACUUCAUGGCUCCAGAGGAGUGUCAAGCGGCUUGUGGUGGGGAAGGUUUUAACUUUACUGUAACAACAAGUCAACAAAAUGAAGUUCAAUCAAUAACUGCUCCAAGAGAAGUAAUCGCUGGUCCACCUGGUCCACCAGGAGAAAGAGGGCCAGAAGGUCCAGCUGGUCCACCUGGAACACCUGGUGUUAUUCCAAAGGCGGCAACCAGAACAGCUGCACUUGCGAAAACAGUUAAGAAACUGAAGGGAAAAGUUAAAUCUUGUUUUGUGAGGAUGAACAUUAUUUUGUUUGAUCUAAGGGAACGUGUAAGUUCCCUUGAGAGAUCUACUCAGCUGUACAGCAAUGAUAAAAGCAAUACUGCCACAGUUUCUGGUACAUGGGUUCCAAAUGGAGAUAACAUUGAGAAUGUUGUUGUUCCUGACGUGUUUAACCCGGAGAGCCAGCCAGCGGAGCCCACCCCACCUCUUUUUAACCGCAGGAACUCUCCAGUCGGGCGUGGAGACAACACAGACUUUGAAACCACAGAAAGAGGGAGAAGGGAGAAAUGAACACACACAAACCUACACCAGUGAAUGGUGAACACAGCAUGCAGCUUCCAGGCCACGGUCGUUGGAGUAAAAAUACAAAGUUGUUCUUUAGUCAAUUACAAACCUAUUUAAUUACAUCAGUUGUGCAUUGUUUUAUGACAGUACUAGACGCACUAGUAGUUUUUAUCCGAUUUUUCAUACAUAUUGCCAAAUUGUGUUCCGUUUUCAUAUUUCUGGCAUGUUUUACCACUUGGGCACUUAACAUAUUCAGCAUCACUAGUUUGCCAACUGACGCAUAUAACAUCAAAAUGAUGUUAUAUUUUUACUGUACUGUUCAUUUUAUUCUUGUGUUAUCGUAAUGCAUAUAACAUUACACUACAAGCUUUUCACAAAAAUUGCCUGCAGCUUGAAUUUUCACUUUUAAACAAUCCAGGAACUAUUUUAAAAAAUAGCAAAGUCCUGACAGCAGGUUUAUUAAACAGUCUAAGUGACUUUAUUUUCAAUUAAAGACAUAUUGAAAAACAA